CUCACUCAAAGGCAGACGCUGUCCUUUUGCUCAGUUGAAUGCAAGAGCUCCGGAGGAGGAAACCUUAUCACAGGCAUUUUUGCUGCACACAGUUGCUUUCGUGGCUAUCUGAACGGGACGGAUCUCCUCAGAAUUCAAAGAAUGUUGUCUGAUUUGGAGAACGGGGGCUUGCUGUAAAAAGUCUGGCGAGGCAGCAAGAGCUGUAGACAGAGCUGGUUUGUAGCUCUCAUAAUCUAGGUGGCGAGAAUGGAAGACGGUUUGCCUUGUCUUGCUUCUGUGAACAAUUCCUCAGCACUCAUGAACUUCUGUACCGAUGACAGCAUUUCUGCAGCAAGUACAUCUGAUGUCCAGGAUCGCCUUUCGGCUCUUGAACUGAGAGUUCAACAGCAAGAAGACGAAAUCACAGUGCUGAAAGCAGCCCUGGCUGAUGUAUUGAGACGUCUCACCAUUUCUGAAGAUCAUGUUGCAUCUGUAAGGAAAUCUGCACCAAGUAAAGGUCAGCCAGGCCUCCGUGAAGCCAUCUCCAUGUCAUGCAUCACCAAUGGAAGUACAGGAAACAGGAAAACUAGCCAUAGCCCUGCUGUACCAAUAGCCAGGAAAGAAACGCUUUCUUCUGCUGCUAAAAGCGGUACAGAAAAAAAGAAGGAAAAACUUCAAGGACACAGAGAGAAAAAAGAGGACUCUCAGUCUAAUGAUCAAAACCCACAAACUCAAGCAUCACCUUCACCUUCUCCCCAGCCCUCUGCACAGACUCUCCCAACACACAGGCAGACCCCAGAAGUCAAGAGCUCUGCUCCAGGCAAAAGGUUUCCUAAUGUAAAGAGAUCUUCAACAGUUGAAAAAUCACAUGGCUCAUGGGAAAGUUCAGAAGAUAGUCGCAAUAAACUAAUGAGAGCAGCUUCAGCAUCAAAACUGAUGCCCAAAAGCGGGAAGAAUGCAGACAAACACAAAGAUGUCAUUGUCAGCCAAGCAAAAAUGUCUACCCGAGAAAAGAACAGCCAAGAGGGAGAAUACAUCAAGAUGUUCAUGCGAGGACGACCAAUCACAAUGUUUCUUCCUUCAGAUGUGGACAAAUAUUAUGAAAUUAAGACAGAGCUGCCUUCUGAGAAAUUAAAACUGGAGUGGGUAUACGGUUAUCGUGGAAGGGAUUGUCGAGCCAAUGUUUACCUCCUGCCUACUGGAGAAAUAGUGUAUUUCAUAGCAUCUAUUGUAGUACUGUUCAACUAUGAAGAGUGGACUCAACGGCACUACACGGGACAUAGUGAUUGUGUCAAAUGCCUUGCUGUUCAUCCCGACAAAAUCAGAAUUGCUACUGGACAACUGGCAGGAGUGGAUAAAGAUGGAAGACUUUUACAUCCCCAUGUUAGAGUGUGGGAUUCGGUGAGCCUGGUGAGCCUGCAAGUGAUUGGCCUUGGAACUUUCGAGCGAGGAGUGGGAUGUCUGGAUUUUUCAAAGGCGGAUUCAGGUAUGCAUUUGUGUGUGAUUGAUGAUUCUAAUGAGCACAUGCUGACAGUCUGGGAUUGGCAGAAGAAAUCAAAAGUAGCUGAAAUAAAGACUACUAAUGAAGUUGUGCUUGCAGUAGCAUUCCAUCCAACAGAUAAAGACACAAUUAUAACAUCAGGAAAAUCUCAUAUAUUUUUCUGGACUUGGAAUGGCAAUUCUUUAGCAAGGAAGCAAGGGAUAUUUGGGAAAUAUGAAAAGCCCAAAUUUGUUCAGUGCUUAGCAUUUUUGGGAAAUGGAGAAGUUCUCACUGGUGACUCGGGUGGGAUAAUGCUUAUAUGGAGCAGAACUACUGUAGAAACCACACCAGGGAAAGGAUCCAAAGGUGUGUAUCAAAUAAGCAGGCAAAUCAAAGCUCACGAUGGCAGCGUAUUCACACUAUGUCAAAUGAGGAACGGGAUGCUGCUAACUGGAGGUGGGAAAGACAGAAAAAUCAUUUUGUGGGAUCAUGACUUGAACCCUGAAAGGGAAAUAGAGGUUCCAGAUCAGUAUGGGACAAUCAGAGCUGUGGCAGAAGGCAAAGCAGAUCAAGUUCUCAUUGGCACAUCACGGAACUUUAUUUUGCGGGGUACAUUUAAUGAUGGUUUUCGAGUGGAAGUACAGGGUCACACAGAUGAACUCUGGGGCCUGGGAACACAUCCCUUCAAAGAUCUGUUCUUAACAUGUGCUCAAGACCGACAAGUUUGUAUGUGGAACUCAGCAGACCACACACUGGAAUGGACCCGCCUACUUGAUGAACCAGGGCACUGUGCAGACUUCCAUCCAAGUGGAGCUGUUGUGGCAAUAGGAACACACUCAGGAAGAUGGUUUGUUCUGGAUGCUGAAACAAGGGAUUUGGUUUCAAUACAUACAGAUGGCAACGAACAGCUCUCAGUGAUGCGCUACACAGUAGAUGGCAUUUUACUCGCAGUGGGAUCCCAUGAUAACUUCAUUUAUAUCUAUACUGUGACAGACAAUGGAAGAAAGUAUAGCAGAUAUGGAAAGUGCACUGGACAUUCCAGCUAUAUUACACACCUUGACUGGUCCCCAGACAAUAAAUUCCUAAUGUCAAAUUCGGGAGACUAUGAAAUACUAUACUGGAGCAUUCCAGAUGGCUGUAAACUAAUCAGGAAUCGUUCGGAUUGUAAGGACGUAGAUUGGGUAACAUACACUUGUGUGCUGGGCUUUCAAGUAUUUGGAGUGUGGCCUGAAGGAUCAGAUGGAACAGAUAUCAAUGCUCUUAUCAGAUCUCAUAACAGGAAGGUCAUAGCAGUUGCUGAUGAUUUUUGUAAAGUCCGUCUAUUUCAGUAUCCCUGCUCCAAAGCAAAGGCCCGGAGUUAUGAAUACAGCGGCCAUAGUAGCCACGUGACAAAUGUCAGCUUCACUCAUAAUGACAGUCACUUGAUUUCAACUGGAGGCAAAGACAUGAGUAUCAUCCAAUGGAAACUUGUGGAGAAAGUAACCUUGCCGCAGAAUGACAUUAUGGUAGACAUGGGUACAACAAAAGUUCCAGUAAACCCCAGUGAAAGCUUUGUACAGUCAAGCACCCCUGUUCCCCGUGCUCAGCCUUUUGAUGAAACAGUAGUGAAUGAAAGUGUAGCGGAUGCCUCCCCAGCAUCUUUGGAAGAUAAUCUGGAGCAGACUGUAGAAACUAAUGAGGAGCAAAGUGAGGAGCAGAGUGAAGGAAGUAGUCUGGAUCCAGGUGAGCCAAACUGUGACGAUCCAGCCAAUGAAACAAGUGAGGAGCAGAGUGAAUCCACUAUUACCGAAGACCAGCAUGAAAACUCUCCAGUGUCUUAAGAGCUCAGGUUCAAGAUGGUCUUUAUAUAUUUUUUUUCUCUCGGUGUGAGUACUUUUGUAAAAAGGAAGAAGGUUAAAGUUAGGAAGGAGAAGCUGCCUCAAGCUGCCACACCAGUUGUUGGGUUUCAGUUGAAGACUUCUUGGUCUGAUCUUCUGUUUUCAGUGCAUGGAACCAUUGCAAGGAAGCCACCUUGCCGUUCCAGUCAAAAGCUAAGCCAAGGUGGUAGGAUGUAAGCGUACAUUAAAUAUAACUAUGGAAUUGUUGUCAAAAAGAGACAUGAUGCAAAUGACGGGGAGGAAAUGAGCUCCAGUAAUAUCCUGAGUGGGAGAAAAAAAUCAAUACCAGUCUUCUGUACAAAGCAUCUUAACAACCAAACAGAGGUGCUAAGUAAUGCACCUCAGGUGCAGGAAAGCAAACAAAACUUCCAAGGCCUUUAUGAAGCUCUUCUUUCUUUUUUCAUAUUAAAAAGAGGAGGAGGGGAGAUAAGGACAACAUCACAAUAGAGGUGUGUAGUGGGUGGUGCUCGCUGCCUUCUUGAUCAAUACCUAUGCAAUUUUCUGACACUACCAAUUCCUUUGAAGCUCUGGACAUGCUCUGCCCUGGAUGUUCUUAACUCAAAGGCAACGCCUAAAGACCAACCCAAAAAAGCGUUGCUUAGGUUAAAAAAACCCCUGUCAACUCCAUUAUCAGGAGGAGCUGUUUGCCUAUUGAAACUCAAGCAUGCCCACUGUGACCUUCAUAUGAACUGUACUUCAUGUGAACUGACUUGACUGCAUGGUGACAAAAGUUCUGAUUCUAGAGUUUUAAAAACUUUGCCUUCAGAUGUCAAUUCCUUCCCUCGAUAAGAGGCUAAACACUAGCAGGAGACCGUUGUAAUGAAAUGUGGUGCUUGGGAUAAAAGUAAUAAAUCAAUCAUGAAAACUAUUUAGGAUGACUGUCAGAAUACGAAAAAUUUCAAAUAGGCCUUUUCCCUACAGCCUCUAUUUAAUAGCUGUAAUAUAAAUGUCACAUUAACUUGGAUUCUGUUUGAUAUUUGGGGAUUUUCUCUUGUGUGCUGGAUUUUUUUCUUACCCAGUUGCUGUAAGCCAUGCAGCUCUGAAAUGGCUAGAACUGGCCAGUUAUGGGAUAUCAUGGCAUUUUGUUAAAAAGUUAAAAGUACUUUUAAUUUACACCACACAUAUAAAAAAAAUCCUGUCUGCUACAUUUUUCUUAAGAACCUAGAGUUUUCCUUUUUUUAAAAAAGUUUUUGCUGAAAAGAUAUUCUGACUUGUUUAUAUUUUGAUUACAUAGGGUCUUUUUUUAAAAAAAUGUGCUGAUAUUUUAGGGCUUAGUUAAAAAUUGUGUUUAGAAACUUUGGAUGAGUUUGUUAAGUCUUAAGUGUGCAAGCGUUUACGUGAUUGUGCCAUUCCAAAGUGCAUCAGAACUGUCAUUCCCUUCUAGUAUCUUCUCAGGAGCAAAGGCUACAGAUCAGGUAUCUAGUCAUCAUUAGUAACAUUGAAAACUCAAAUGGACUCCCAAAGAACACUCACACACAUAUAUGUAGAUCCUCUUGUUUACAUCCAUUCUGGAAAAACCUCAAAAUAAUUCUCUCCUAAUGGAGAGUGAUGUGGAUUCCAAGCAACCCAUCUCUUUGUUAAACUGUGCUCUGUUAAAUAGUAAUGUUGUUAGAGAGCUCUUUCAUGUGUCGCAGAUUUGCCAGAAAAUGUCAGCAGGUGAUGCACAUGAUUGUGUCGAAGUAAUUGAUUCCUUUAAAAGGAAUAUGCUAAAAUUAGAAAGUUUUCUGCUGAUGUUAAUGGGGCACAGAGGUUUCUUUCCACCAUGAAAGAAUGUGUUUUAUUUUGAAAUAUCUAUUAUUUGGGGGUUGCCAUGUAAAAUUAGAGUUAAUAGUUGUGAUAUUGUCAUGCUGUUGUUUAAAGGACAUUUUCUAAUACGCAAGGAAAAAACAAGACUUACAGCUUUAAAUUACUGGCAACUGCUGUUUAAUGGAUAAUCUGUGAUAAUGGAUGGAAAUCGGUGGGAUUGUGUUAACUGUAGAUGUUCUAGGGGGAAAUUGUGAAUGAAAUAUGGUUUAAGAGUGUGUCAUGUGAAGAUGUUUGAGCCAUUUCUAUCUAUCAUGCAUUCCUGUCUCAUGGCAGAAAAAUCUGAAAAUUUAAAUAAAAUUAUCAAAAAUGA